AGAGACAGAGCUUGGGAGUAUGGGAGAUGGGACGAAGUGAUUGCACCACAGCAGUUGUUGAUGAGAGGUGAGAGUUGGACCAGGAAAGAACAGCAACAAGGGCAGACCUCUCCUUCUAUCCUCACCAGCAGCAAAGGCUGGUACCCAAUGGUUUGUCCAGCGCGAAUUACACAGCUUUGAGGAACAGUACAGCAGCAGUGACCGACUAAGGCGGACUAUGAUGGAGAUGGAGCCAUUGACAGUUCCUUUCUGGGGUCAUGAGCUUGUUCUUCCCUUCACGUCUGUGUAACUCGAACCUCCUGGACUGCAGCCACAACCUCCCCUCACCAAUGCGUCCAGGACCAUGGGCAGCGUCAGCAGCCUCAUCGACAGCAACAGCCUCAGUGGCAAAAACUGCAAGGCAUCUGAACAUAGGUCAAAAAAGGGAAUAAGUCCUCAUAGAAAGAGUGGAGGUUGCAGCCUCGAUGAGUUACUGAAGUGCGGCUUCACGCAGGGCUCCUCGUCCACCACUCAGCCCUCUAACGGCCUGUCACACUCCCGGUCAGGUCGAAGUGAAGAUUUCUUUUACAUCAAAGUGAGCCACAAACCGGGGUCAGCGUACCACAGAGGAGCAUCAAUGGAAGAUCAUGCAGGUGGAAAGAACAGAGAUGGGGAAUCAGAUGGGCGACCGCAGCCCAAACUACUGCUCUUUUCAGGACAAAUGACUAACAGGACUCCUAGUGAGAAGUCAUUGGUCCGUUCUACUGCUUUCGAGCGUGGGAUUCCCAGGAGUGCAUCCUCCACGGAGACCGGCCACAACAGCCUGGACAUCCUUUGUCCUCUGGAGAAAGCAAAGAGCCCCGAUAGCAGAUGCAAGCAAGACCACUUCUCAGGGACUCUCUCUGACUCUGGACGUAACUCUAUGUCCAGCCUGCCCACCCACAGCACCAGCGGCAGCCUAAGUGCUUCCACGGGCCCCGUCAGUAGCAAUGAUGCCAGUUCAGUUCCCGCAAACAGCCUCAGCAAGGGAGAAAAACCCAAUUUCCCUCCGUGGGUCAACAGUAAUAGCACUAACCUUGACUGCGGCUACAGGACUGGUUUGUGCUACGGAGGGUUCGCCUCCAACUCUAAUGGGGACGCUGGCUCCCCGCUUUCUGCAGAUGAGCCGAGCGCACUUUCUGAAACUGCAGGUGGGAUUCGGUCCCCCAUUACGACAGAUGAGUCACUGAUUGAACGUUUGGAACAGAAGCUGCUGGAGAGCGAGACCGAACUGCAGGAGCUACAGGUGAGUUUUGAAGACAAGGAGGCAGACACAUGCCAGCUGUUUGAGGACAGACAAAGGCACGGUGUUGAGGAUAUGGAGAGGCUGAAGCUGCGAUGCUCCACAAAGCUGCAGCACGUCUCCCAGAUGGCUGCAAAAACACAGCAAGGACUCCAGCUGCAAGUCAGCCAGCUCCAGGUGGAGAAGGAGACGCUUCAGGAUGAUAUCGCAAAGCUUACCCAGCAGAGGGAUCUUAUUGAACUCAGACUCAGGUCUUGUGCGACGGAGAGCACACAGUUCGCACCGACACUGGAGGAAACUCAGUGGGAGGUGUGCCAGAAAUCAGGUGAGAUUUCAUUAUUGAAGCAGCAACUGCGAGACUGCCAGGCAGACGUCAACCACAGGUUGAAUGAGAUAUUCGGCCUCAAAGCGUCACUGAAGGAGAACGCCGCAAAAACGGAGAAACUCGAGAGACAAAGCAAAGAACAUGAUGGGCAACUGCGCUCUCGCACCAUUGAGGUGGAGGUGUGCCAAAAUGAACUUCAGCGCAAAAAAAAUGAAGCGGAUUUGCUGAGGGAGAAAGUGGGAAAACUGGAGGAGGACAUUCAGGGAAUGAAAGAGGAAUUUGCCGUGGCCAAAGAGCAGAGGGUAGGGGUGCAGCAACAAGAGGCCCAGACCCAGGCCUUGGAAAGACUAAUCCACGGCUCUGACUGUCCGGCCCAGGACCGCGGGGAGGAGAGCAGUGGACACAUCGCCACAGAAUCACUCCAGAGAGUAGUGGAGAGGCUGAAACAGCAGAUCGAGGAGGAGAAGGACACACGAGAGAGGCUGGACAACAGCUUCAAGCAAGAGAGACUAAUGUGGAACAAGGAAAAAGACCGGGUCAUCAAGUACCACAAGCAGCUCCAGAUCAACUACCUGCAGAUGCACAAGAAGAACCAGGACCUGGAGAGGAUCCUGAAGGAGGUGACCGCUGAGCUGGAGAGCCGGACCGAGCUCGGCGUGGACUUCGGCUACAGCUCAGGGUUACAAACGUACGACGACGUUAUAGCAACCGAUAUCUAACAGAAGCACUGCAGUAAAAGUGAACGCCCAGUUCGUGACUAUUUUUUCAUCAACAAUAUUUAUGAUUUUAUAAGUGCUGGAGAUUAUUUACAGCUAAGUACUGUUUUAUAAGGAUUACUUACUUUUUAUUUUAAAUAGCUUUGUGAUGACACUGUUAGUACUUGGUAAAAAGUAAAUACUAAGCUAUUUAAUGUUUAAUGACAAUUUAUUUUACCCUGUUGUCCAACUUUAUCUCCCAAAGUUCAAAUCCUCCACAGUUUUGUAGUUAAAACACAAUUUAUUAGUUUAUGAUUCAUCUAUUUUAUGUAUUAUUACUGGUGGUAUGCAUACAUGCUGAGCAUGAUAGUGGCUUAACAUCGGUCCCUUACAGCAUGGCAAAUGGGAGUGAUAUAUUGUGUGUUGUGUCCAGGGUACUGAACCUUGAUAGAUUUUGCCUUGUGUUUAUCCCUGUUACUGCUUUCUCCAACACAGUAACUAUUAUUAAUUAUUAUUUAUUAGACAUUUCAACACAACUUACAACUCUCAGGGUGUGGUUAUUUGUUAUGAUGGACCAAUGUAAAAUGAUUAGUUGCACUAAAAAAUGUCUGUUAAAAUAAUGCAUUUCCAUUCAACUACAUUGAAGAGUGACUGUCAGUAUGCGCUGUACUGCAGUUGGUAUAUUUCAUCAAAUCAUCUGUAUGUCUAUUUCAUUCUCUGAAUGAACUCAAACUUGCUGUUACUGACCUAAGGUUGUUCUGCAGUUGUUCGGUCAAUUUAGAUGCCAUGAUAGAUACAAUUCAUCAAAAAUCAUCAUCAAAAUUAUACCACUAAGCAGAACAAUCAUAUUCAAUGAUAAAUGCAUGCUUGCUCGGACGAUGGUGUCAAGCGCUUGUAAUCUAACUAUAUAAUGUCAUUUAAUCUAUCUACGAUGGAAUGAAUAGGUGGACGCUCUUAUUGCUUUGUCUGAGUGUGCAUGAAACCAGCACUGUAAAACAAACCUUAUGCCACAUUCCUGAUACAGAGAUGCACAUAAUACAGUAUAUAUGCCACCAUAACACCUCUGACAGAUACCAAGGGCAAAUGCAAAUUUUGAGGAUUUACUUUUUGUUCUGUUUGGGUUUAGACAGAGAGAAAGGAUUAAACCAUGCUAGGCAGAAUACAAUAACAAAAACAUUUCAAGGAAAAAACAAAGGAAAGAAAGGUCUUCUCCCAAAAUUGUUCAUCUAACUUUAUGAGAGUUAGCUGGCACUGUUCCACUUGAAGACAAGCAGUCCUUUGUAGCAGCAACCCUGGACAUUUAGCUCUGCUACUUUGCAGCUAUUCCACCUCCCACAAGGGCAAAGCAAAAGUUGAACUACUCCGCCCACUCAAUACUCGCUCACAUAGACUAUGAGGCAGAAAUGAAUGCACACACUGUGCUGGUCAAGAAUGUGACUGUCUAACGAGGCUGCUUGAGAUUGCUCAGCUACCCACCAUUGCAUCACAUUAGCACAGCAUGUCAGGAGAGGAUUGGAGGCAGACAGAAUAAAUGGAACUAUAAGGUGAGGCGCUGUAACCUGGAACACUCAAACCCGAAAGUCUGAUAGGUGUUUUACAGCCUUUUACUCUGGUCCUGAGCACAGAGAAUUGGUCAAACAGGGAACAGCAAAGGACAGUUGAUUGUGCAACUAUGGCACUGGUGAAACAUUUUUGGAAUUUAAUUUAUCAAAUCUUACACUCAGUGAAAGAGACACGGAUAUAAGAAAAGUGACUGUAAAUUCUGCAUCAGUGCUUGUACUUUGCUAACUUACUUGGCUGGUAUUCUAAAACUCUGUUUAUCUAAACAGGUGAAUUUGAUAUUGAUCUUAGGAAACGGAUUUAUUUAUGAAAACUCUUUUUACCAGAGAGGAUUCAAACAGCAACACACAAUAAUCUGCAUUAUCCUUGCUUUUAAUGAUUGCUAGCAUAUUUAAGCCACACCACAGAAGAUACUACUGCCGUAAUAAAUAUAGAGGUAUUGGAUAAUGAAAGAAAUAUUUCUGUCAAACUAGCAAAUGCUGGAUUUAUAAAUAAAUGAGAAUUCUGUUGAUAUACA